AUGUUGGAGGCACUUCACUUGGCUGAUGCUAAUGGCUUGGAAGGUAGUUUAACCUUGAGUUGUACCUUUGGCUUGGGUGAUGGAGACCUUGGCACCUCCACAACCUUGGCCUUUGCCUUGGCCUGGCCAGCCUUCUUCACUGUCUUUUUUGCUACUUCGCUGUCUGAACUUGACAAUGAUCUUGAUCUUGAACUUGACCUUGACCUGGAACUCGAAGAACUCGAUCUUGAUCUUGAUCUUGACCUCGACCUCGACCUGGACCUGGACCUCGAUCUUGACCUUGACCUAUCUUCAUCCUCUGAAUCACUAGAUACACCGCCACCACCUCCUCCUCCACUAGUAUGCUUGGACGACUUGUUCUGUGAAUAUAUAAUAUGCUUCCUGACCUGUUCCCUGGUCCUGGUCUUGACAUGCUCGGCUAGUCUGGCAAUCUUAUCAUCGUCAUCGGCAUACAACUUCAUUGCCUCCUGCAGACGCACCUCCUCAUCCGGUCUCCACACUCCAAUGUUGAUGCCAUCCGGUCUCUUUCGAGGCUUGCGAGUCUUCUUUGGUGAUCCACCGCCAUUUGUUGUUGUUGUACUCGUCUUCUGUCUCUUCUUUCUGUCUCGAUCGUCAUCGUCAUCAUCAUCAUUAUUGUCUUUAUCUUUCCCUCUUACAACUCCUUUAUCCUAUGCUCUACCACAUUCUUUAUCUUUGUUACUGUUGCAAUGA